AUGCUUGCCACAUGUGGCCUGGGCCAGGCACCCUCACACCCAGUAGGCCUGAGUCUUCAAGAUGGAAGGUGGAAGGAUAGACUAAGUGCACUGCAGGCAUCGCAGCAACCAGAUGUGUGCAGGUGGCUGAGCCCCUUCAUCCUCACCUGCUCAGUCUACUUCCUCCUCUGGAUUCCUGAGGACCAGCCAUCGUGGGUCAGUGCCCUAGUCAAGUGCCUGCCUGUCAUCUGCCUGGUUGUGUUCCUGUGGGCUGUGCCCUCGGGCAGGGGCUACACCUGGCUCCUCCAGGGAGCCCUCGUGUGCUCGGCUGUGGGGGAUGCCUGCCUCAUCUGGCCAGAGACCUUCCUCUAUGGCAUGGCUGCCUUUGCUGUGGCCCUCCUACUCUACUUUGGGGCCUUCAGCCUCUCUUCUCUGCAGCCGGGCCUGCUGCUGCCCAUCUUCCUGGCCUUCGUAACAUAUUACAGCCACCUGCUGCUGCACCUUGAGCCGGACAUGGUCCUGCCUGUGGCAGCCUACGGGCUCAUCCUGACUGCCAUGCUGUGGCGUGGCCUGGCCCAGAGUGGGAGCGCCAGGUGGGGCGCUCUGCUCUUCACGCUCUCUGAUGGCGUGCUGGCCUGGAACACCUUCGCUCAGACUCUGCCUCACGCCCGGUUGGUGACCAUGACCACCUACUAUGCUGCCCAGCUCCUUAUUGCUCUGUCAGCCCUCAGGAGCUCGGGGCUCAAGACAGACUGACUAGGGAGCCAGACAGGCCCACAUCCCCUUCCUCCCCUCCUGCAAGGACUUGGGCCUCCCAGACUGGCCAGGCCUGGGAAAUGCCCUCGGCAGCAAAGCUUCUUGGUGCCUGUUUGUAGGCACUGGGCUGUCUUAAGAUAUUUGGUACCAUUUGCAGAAUUCCAAAUCCACCUCCAGGUUUCACCCACUCUUCCCUCAGUUCCGAUUCCAGAUUCUAGGCCCCUCAACCAUACCACAUUUGGCCCUCCACAACCUCCUGACUGUUCCUGUGUUCCCAGCUGGCCUCCCAUGUCUGCUUGUCCACUUUCCACUGC